UAUUUCGUCACAUAAAAUUAGAGAAGGAAGGAAACGGAGGCCCCGAUCGGAAGCUCUAUCCGUGUAGUUCCUUCUUCGGUUUAGCUUUGACGGUCCGCUCUCUCCAUUUGCAUUGAUUUACAGGUCCAGUAGAUUAUGGAACAAGAUUCAAAUCUGGAAGCAGAUUCUACUCUAUCUAAAUGUGAGAAUAAGGAAGUGGUAGGGACUCCUGAUGCACAAGAAGAUGAUGGGCAUGACGUAGAGCCUUCAGCAGAACAUGAAGAUAACAGGAAAGAAGCAGUGUCGUCUUCAGAAGUAGAAGAAGACAUCGAAAUAAAAGUAGAGUUCCCUGCAGAAAAAUUAGAUGACAGCAAAGAAGUUGAGACUCCUGUCGUCCAGGAAGUCAUUAAUACUUGUGAUUCUGGGAAUUCUGAUGAAAAGGGAAGCUUAUUGAAGGUAGAUGACAGUAAACCAGGAUUAAAGAAAAAUUUGAAAGUUUUGAAGGUGAAGCGAAAAGUUCUAAAGAAAUCUCCAGCUGGCAAAUUAUUGAAGAUCAAUGAGGCAGAGCAUGAACUAGAAGAUGCCAAGAAAGAAAAAGAGGUUCCUGAAGCUCAAGAGGUAGUGGAAAGUCUAGAAGCUGGGAAUUCUACUGAAAACUGUAGCAAAUCAGAGUCAUCUACGAAGAAAAAUUCUAAAGUUUUGAAGGUCAAGCGAAAAAUUGUCAAGAAAUCUCCAGCUUUAAGCCUUUUAAAAUCUAAAAAGGUUCAGGGAAGUCCUACAGUUGAGGCCAAAAGAAAAGAAAAGAAGAAUAAGAGUGUAUUGCCGGAAAUUGGGGCAAGUGAAGAAAACAAGGUAAGGGAUGCUGAGCAGCUUAACAUAAAGGAGGAUGUUGAAAGUUGUGUCUUAAGAGAAGGGCGAACUGAGAACAGUGAAGAGACUGAAAAUGGGCAAAAAAGGAUCUCUGAGUUGGAAAACGGCUGCCAGGAACAAAAGAAUGAGGAAAAGGGUGGUCCUUCAGACAAGAGCAAGAGCCGAAAGAACAAAGAAGAUGAUAAUUUGGGAAAGGUUCAAAGGAAGAAGAAGAAAAAUAAGAAGCUUGGUGGUUUGAUCUUCAUGUGCAAUGAAAAGACGAGGUCAGAUUGUUUCUACUAUCGUGUAAUGGGUGUUUCUGCUGGAAAAAGGGAUGUUGUCUUGGCCAUCAAACCUGGGUUAAAGCUCUUUCUCUACGAUAUUGAUCUCAAGCUUCUGUAUGGGAUAUUUAGAGCAUCCUCUUCUGGUGGCAUGAAACUUGAGUCAAAAGCUUUUCAUGGAGCUUUCCCUGCUCAGGUGCGGUUCAAGGUCUUCAAGGAUUGUGUCCCACUACCUGAGAGAAGUUUUAAGAAAGCAAUUAAAGAGAAUUAUUAUGAAAAGAACAAGUUCAGACCUCAACUUUCUGAUAUACAGGUCAGGAAGCUCACUCGUCUUUUCCGGCCAGCUGAGUUCCACUCUAGUGCAGCAGCUCUUCGGUCCCCUCCAAGGGCACAUAUUCGGGAUAGGAACGCUCAUGUGGGAGUUAGAGAUGUUCGGUCUAGGGAAUCUAAUUCCAAGGGCAAUGCUAGGAAUUAUCGAUUAUCUCAUGAAAAGGAUCGGAAAGUUUCACGCCGAGUUGAGGCAUCGAGACAUAGGGAGAUAACUUCUCGUGAUACAUACCGGAGCGAAAAGGAAUAUCAAACUUAUGGUCUCCCAACUGAGAGAAGGAACUUGGAUCCACUGCCUCGCCAUGCUUUAGAACCUUACCAUAGGGAUUAUGACAGAGACUACCAUCAUAGAUAUCCAGAGCCCAGGUACAUGGAUGUAGUCUCGACAAGAAUGGUUCGUGCGGAUCCUGUAUACUUAAAUGGGGAAGAUUAUCCCGUGCACCGUAUUGAUGAUCGUAGGCCCGAACUGUCACCUCCAAGGACAUCACGCUAUGCAUACGAUCCAUAUCUUAGUCGUGAAUAUGGUGCUCCAUCAGUGGACCCAUAUCUACCUCCAUUGAGGAGAGGAGGAGCCCAUCUAACUUACCCAACUAGAAACUAUGAUGUCGAUACGGAACCUGUAAGACAUGUUGCCAAUUCUCUGUCAUAUUAUGAUCAGAGACGUCAUGAAAAACGGGAACUUGAUGUGAUUCCAGUUACAUCUCGCUACUCUUUUGCUGGUCCAUCUUACUCUUACCGCUAACCUUUCUUUCCCGUUUUUAAGCUUUCCGCAAUUUUUUUAGGACUUUGACAUGAUCUUUAUAUGGAACUUGGGUAACUUUAGAUAUUGGUAUGUUGUUGAGUUUAGUGAUGGAAAUUGUCAGAGGUGCUUGGAAGUUUAUUACAUACAUUGUUGUAUUUGAGAUCUGAUUCAUUCUUGCUGAUCUUCAAUGAUGCUAAGAAGCACGGACACGAGACAUAGAUAUGACACGAUACUGACAUGGUGAUAUGCUAUUUUCUAAAAAUAUAGGAUACGGGCACAUUUUUUGAAAGUA